AUGGUGCCAAGGAGGAUAUUGCUUAUAUCCGCAAACGGAAUCUUUUCUUUAUGCGCAUCAUCUGACGGAGAAAUCCGUUCAUGGAACCUUAAAUCUGAUUCUAUGAUUCGUAGGUUUCAGGGCCACACAGAUAAGGUUUUAUCUGUUUCCAUAUCAAAAGAUGAUAGGAGGAUCGUAUCUGCAUCAUCUGAUCAUUCUAUCAGGCUAUGGAAUACCAUUGGUGACUGUAAGCACACUCUGCAGGGACACAAAGCUGGCAUCAAUCGUGUAAGAUUUGUCCCAAAUCGUGAGGGGAAGCCCAUCAUUGUGUCUUCUUCUUUGGACAACACGAUUAAGAUUAACCGUCUGUGA